CUGCACGUCCUAGUUGUUUCCUGGCAAGCUCACUCGCCUCACCGUCGUCGUCGUCGUCUCCGUCGUCUCGUUCUCAUCAUCUCAGCUCUCGUCGUCUCGUCUCCCAAAAAAAGCCGUCGUUGUAAAAAUACACUGCUCGAGACUCACGGCCCACUCGAAGGCAGAGAGAGAGGAGAGGAAUACCAAGUCAAAUACACACUCUUCGCUUCUCCUCCUCCUCCCCGUGCACAUUUUCCACAGGAAAGGACUUUUCAAGAGAAAACGUGCGUGUGAGACGGCGGGGGAGGUCAUCAAUGUGGUCCAGCUGUGGUGGCAGUGGGGGUGGCAGUGGUGGCAGUAGUGCAGCAGGGUGCGGUGCUGAACUCAGCCACCCCAACAGUGCAAAUUGUGCAAAUUGUCAGUAAUGGCACAUUGUCCUCGGAUUCGCGACUACUGGGCUGACUGAGGAAAAGGAGGUUUCCUUGUGGUCACAAGAGUGAGAAGAGUUGGAGACUGGGAGGAAGGCUGGGUGUGGGAGGAGGAGGCAACUUGAGAGAGCACCCUUGACCCUUGCAGGGGGAAUGUAGCCCUCUGACUUGACCAUGUCUCAGUGGGGGAUGGAUGAACAGGGUGGUGUUGGUGCUUAUCAUCCGUGGUGGUGGUGGUGCUUGAUAAGGCCGUGAAAAGUGUGUGUCUAAAAUACAAAAAAACUGCCACCCGUCGUCGUCCUGAUAAAACUACUUGUUCAACAUUCCUCCCCAAGGAAUGGCCUCGGUCGCGGCUUGGUUGCCGUUCGCGCGGGCGGCAGCCAUCGGGUGGGUGCCCAUCGCGACACACCCACUCCCACCGCCCCCCGUCACGAAAGAUCGGAGGAAAGCAGAUGACGAAAAGCUCCUCAUCAACGUCUCGGGGAGAAAGUUUGAAACUUGGCGCAACACUUUGGAGAAGUAUCCUGACACUCUUUUGGGUUCUUCGGAACGGGACUUUUUCUACGAUGAGGACACGCGCGAGUACUUUUUCGACCGCGACCCCGACAUUUUCCGCCACAUUUUGAACUACUACCGGACGGGGAAGCUGCACUACCCGAAGCACGAGUGUCUCACGUCCUACGACGAGGAGCUCGCCUUUUUCGGCAUCCUCCCCGACGUCAUUGGCGACUGCUGCUACGAGGACUAUCGGGACCGCAAGAGGGAAAAUGCCGAGCGCCUCUUGGACGACAAGCUCUCGGAAAAUGGUGACCAAGCCCUCCAGCAGUUGACCAAUAUCCGGCAGCGGAUGUGGCGCGCCUUCGAAAACCCGCACACCUCCACCGCCGCGCUCGUCUUCUACUACGUGACGGGCUUCUUCAUCGCGGUGUCCGUGAUGGCGAACGUGGUGGAGACGGUGCCCUGUGGGAAUCUGCCCGCCAAGGGGAGAACGCUGUCCUGUGGGGAGCGCUACAAGACGGUCUUUUUCUGCAUGGACACGGCCUGUGUGAUGAUCUUCACGGCGGAGUACCUCCUCCGCCUCUUCGCCGCCCCCGACCGGUGCAAAUUCGUGCGGAGCGUGAUGAGCAUCAUCGACGUGGUGGCCAUCCUGCCGUACUACAUCGGGCUGGGGAUCACGGACAAUGACGACGUGUCGGGGGCCUUCGUCACCCUCAGGGUUUUCAGGGUGUUUCGAAUCUUCAAGUUCUCCCGGCAUUCCCAAGGCCUCCGCAUUUUGGGGUACACGCUCAAAUCCUGUGCGUCAGAGCUGGGCUUUCUCGUCUUCUCCUUGGCCAUGGCCAUCAUCAUCUUCGCCACGGUGAUGUUCUACGCAGAGAAAAACGUCGACGACACCAACUUCACUUCCAUUCCGGCAGCCUUUUGGUACACCAUCGUCACCAUGACGACGCUGGGGUACGGGGACAUGGUGCCGCGGACGAUAGCGGGGAAGGUUGUGGGAGGGGUGUGCUCGCUGAGCGGAGUGCUCGUCAUCGCCCUGCCCGUCCCCGUCAUCGUGUCCAAUUUCAGCCGAAUUUACCACCAGAACCAACGAGCAGACAAAAGGAAGGCGCAAAAGAAAGCGAGACUGGCUCGAAUCCGGAUAGCGAAGGCGUCCUCUGGAGCAGCCUUUGUGACCAAGAAGAAGGCUGUGGAGGCUCGGCUGGCUGCUCAAGAGUCAGGCUUGGAAAUUGACGAUGGGAAGGAGGACGACAUUUUCGAGUUGCAACAUCAUCAUCUUCUCCGCUGCCUGGAGAAGACCACGGAUCGGGAAUUUGUCGAGAUGGACGUUCCCUACAACGGGCAGCCGAAACGACCCGGGAGCCCUUCCCCGCCACCAACACCCCCGCCCGCCCUGAGGCCCGCCUCACCCGGGGUGGGAAGCGACGUCCGCGGCGGUCAUCCUAACGGCGCUGCGACCACCCUCCUCCAACUCUGUUGUCCGACGAGGUGUUGCCCGCAACGUUACCAGACACUUCCGUUUCUGGCAGCCAGCCCGGCCAGUCGGGGUGGUGCUGGGCCGUCGACGGGGGGUGCGAGGGACGACCGGGUAGUCUACGUCUAUAGCGACAAGAUUGAAGUGAGAUCACAACAGAAGCACAGUCGUGACGAGAUUGGGAGUGGGGACGAUCCCGACGAGCUGAACGACAUCCAAAUUCGGCUCAAAUCCGACCGACCUCCUUCGUCCAUAGGAACGUCGUCCAAAAAGACGCCGACUGAUCUCCCUCCCUCCCGCCAACUGAACGCCACGACGUCCUCCUCCAGCCCCGUCACCUCCGUGACCACCGCCCUCGUCACGCUCCCCUCACCCGCCACCGUGGAACUCGAGUCCAGAACGCCUUCGCCCAAAGCCGUCGCUGGUGGCGCGAGCACGAGUGGCGGCUCAAGUAAACAGCCCAUCGUCCGAAUCUCCACCUUGUGAAGGAACUGACUUGCUAAUGUGACCAUUAUUAGUCUCAACUUACCCCCCCUCCCCCCUCCUCCCUCUCACCUUGUCCAUGCUCCAUCGGUGCUACCAUUUUUAUAGUGAUACAUAUAUAUCUACACAAAAACGAAAAGAGUGACAACCACGUGGACUCCAAGAAGAAUCCACUCCAAACUUUUACACCACUUACCUAACACUGACUGUAAUAAUGCUAAUUAAGAAUAAAUAAUUAGUUGACUUCAUAAGCAAAAAAUAAGAGAGGCGAGUGCGUUCCGGACGAGUGAAAGUAUAACCAACCAUGUCCGCACGCAAAGUUUCCACCAACCCACAAAGUUCCCGGGUAAAAGGAAAGAGAAAGCAGAAAACUACUCGAGUCCACCCAUCGCUACUUUAUUAUUGGCCAAACUAAACUUAAGUGAUGACCACGAUCAAGUCUGGUGACGAAGCAGAGUCACCAAGCCACGCGUCCAACAGUGAUGAAUCGCCCAGGAAUCACGAAAAUCCUGACAACUGAAACUUUCUACUCCGAGUGUCAAGUUUAUUACACAAUUGAAAAAUACGUUUGCGUGGAGAAAGUUGUUUUUGUUGAAAUUUGAAUUGAUUUCCUGAAAAAUACUUUUCAAAUGAUAUCCAUCUUCGAUUAUUUCUUUUUAGUGCUUAACAAGAUAACCAAGUGUAUGCGCCAAACCAAUUCGACAAAAUUUCGACACUGGAAAGUUGCAAAUCAGGUCUCAUUUUCGCUCCAAUAUUUGUGACUGCGCAAAUAAUUAAUUCCGGUUACAACGUGAUGAAUUUAAAUGUGGACGACAUCAUCAUCCAGCCCACACGUCAAGAAGUGUCAUUUUUAUCGCUAUGCUUUCUCCUCAUAAAAUCAGUAGGCUUAUUUAUUUACGAUUUAUUUCAACGCCUCACCACCUCGAUGAUACUCAGCUUUCUGUUUGAUAUUAAUUUGUGAUUUGUAUCCUAUAAAAACCCCUCUCUUUUCCCACGUGUAAAAUUAUAUACAUUCACUAAACCCACGUAUGUACUCAAUUUAUUCAAUAUUUCGUUGUUCUCAUAUCCACUUAGGUAUUUACAUAAAUUUAGAGGGAUGGGAGAACAUUUUUUAAGUAUUUUUAAAAAUAUAUAUUUUUUGUCAUAUUUUUUUCGUACUUUUUCGUCUUUUUUAACAAGAUUUUCAUUUCUAAAGCAAGAAAUACUUACUGGGACGGGACAUAUUGGAGAAUAGAAAAGCCUCUGGUGGUCGUGGUCCCCGUAAAAAAAGUCUUGUGUCUUUUUCUUCUCAGUCUUCUCCUCACUCCAGUCUUGGCCAAGCAAACGUAGCGUAGCAAGAACUCGUCUCGUCAAAGAAACCAAUCCACACAGAGAAGAAAAAUAAAACAAAUGAGCUUUUAUUCAUUCUAGUCAGUCGUCGUCGUCGUCGUUGAUUAAUUGUUCUUCUUGCAUUAUGUAUGCACUCGGUUGACAAGAAUUAAGGAACAAUUACCACCACUUCUCGCUAAUCGUACCACUCUAAACACUUAUCCACUACUCAAUUUAGUGAUAUAUUAAUAAAUACAGAGAAAGAUACUUGAACGCAAUCCAUUAUUUCUGUCUGGUUAAAUAUAUAAACAUGUCUAAAUUAGUUACCUAUUUAAUUAGUCACAUGCAUGGUAAAAAAAUAUCCAUCUCAUUGAUCUGGAAGGGGCAGGAUUUCAACGUUUUUCCCACCAUGAGCUACGUUGCCACGACAAAUAAAUCUGCUUUUUUAGCAUGUUUUGCCAAUUCAAAUCCAAAUCCAGGCAUUUCUAUUAAACCUAGCAAGCAGAUUUAUUUUCGGGGUGACCAGAUACAGAGUGGGAAAACCCCGUUCGAAUCCUGCCUACUCGAGAGAUGCAGGACCUUGAUACUGACCUGGACCCCCAAACCGGCCAAGUAACCGAACCACGCCGUGAUAAUUAUGGCCGGAAGGUGAAGAGAGAGAAAGAAUACGUUUUAUGUCCGCUGGGAGAAAUUGUGGUGAAAGCGUCGUGGUGAAAGGUUGGGUCACUUAUUGCUAACUAUUAAAAAAAAUCCUUCUUCUCGUGUGUAUACUAAAUAAUGAUACAUUACGACCUAAAUUAUAUACAUCUCUAUAGAUAUAUAAUAUAUAUAUAUAUAUCAUUUUAAAUGUACUAAAUAAUAUCUUCUAAGUCAAGACCACUCUGAAAAAGCCACAUAUUAUUACUUACUUAGACAGCUACGUAACUACUUAACUCUGAUUAUGAUUAGCUGAAAACCAAAAAGAUUGAAUAGCUGUUACGGAGAAGAGGGAGAACAAUGGGCGUGUUGUACUACAAUUUAAGGCAAAGUUGAACCAAAUCAUUUCAUGUACCGUCAACCAAAUACUUUUUGACCAUACACAUUCCUUGGUGUCGUUCGUUCAUUGUGCGUCGUGUAUUUAAGGAAGAUUGGUUUACUUGUGUAUCGCUACUGUUAAACGUUACCCACCCCCGUCCCUGGUGCUCCUCUUGAUAUCGUCUUAUCUUAGAAAAAACCUCUCAAUUCUUUCCCCUCUCGUAUCCAAAUUUAUUUACAUGGAGAAAGUUAAAAAAUGUGCCAUGUUUCCCCAUUAGAAUAAUUCUUAACUCCCAAUUUUUUCGAGUUUUAAUUUAACUCUCCGUUACAAAAACCGCUCGCUGUCGCCUCUUCCUCUAAAUAUCGUUUUUCCUUACUUCUUGUUAAUAGCCAUAUCCUCGAUCUUGGGUAUCUUUACGGUUUCAAUAGGUUUUCCCACCUUUUGUCGCAUUACCCCGAGACAAUUUUUGCUAGCCUUGAGCAUGUACGGAUGUGGGAGGAUUUUCAUGUUAAGUGUCCAAACAUACUUAACCACGAAGUUGCAGCUAGUGGCUUUUUCUCGGGGUAGAAUGACAAAGAGCGGGAGAGCCCCAUUCAAAUCCUCGAGGUGCUCGAGGGAUAUUAUUACUGUACCGUUUACAGCAUCACUUACACACUGUUUAUAUACAUAAAUCUAUAUUAUGUACUGUAGCCGUGCAACAAUUUAUAUGAUCAUAUUCCGACUUAUGUUUUCUAUUUGAUGAAAUGCCAUAGGUAUUUUAACGUUACGAUACAAUACUACCACAUGUUAUUACCGUUACCAUUAUCAUUGUUACUAUGACUACGACAACUCUUUAGCCAAGAGACUCUCUUCUGGUACCAAAGAAAGAAACAAAAAAAACAAUGUUGCCCAGUCUUCAUCACCUGUUGUGAAAUAAAACCAGAAUUUUAUACCCAAAAAAUAUA